AUGCAGCAAGAAAUAAAAGAUACAUACAUGUAUGUACCGGUACAUUCAUUACGUAAAUGUGAUAUAUGUUCAAUAAUAAGUAUUGCAUUUCUACCGACAAAUGAUAAAAAAUGGAAAAAACGAGUUGAUUCUCAUCAUAGUCGUCGAACGAUGCUUUACUUUUUAUUAUCAAUUAAAUCAACACCAAAUAAUAAACAAGUACUUAAUUUUAUCUAUGAAUGUUAUCCAAAUUUUGAUUGGUCAAUUGUUAACGAAAAUUAUCAGCAGUUAAAAAAUACAAUUGAAUCAUAUCAACUACAAUAUAAUGCUAAAAAAUUAGGAAACUAUUGGCAAUUAAAAAUACCUACUCAUUCCCCAGGUCCAUUAAAGUCUCGUGAAUAUAUAUCUCGGUAUCGUUCAGAUGGUUUUCAACCAAAUGAACUUAAAAUUUAUUGGAAUUAUGAUCAAAUUCAAACACUCAUAUCUUCUAAUAAUUAUAAUCCAAUAACAGAUAGUGAUGCAAGAAAUGCUCUAUUAAAUUCACCGGUUCAUGAACGAAAACAUUCAGGAAUAAUACGAUUUGUUGUAUUAGCUAUUCAAGAUGCUGUUUUUACUGUGCCCAAUGAUAAACAAGUGAUUGUACUCGAUUUUGCUGAUGAACGUAUGCCUGGUGGUUAUUAUCUAGAACAGGCUAUAACACAAGAAGAAGUUAUUCUCUAUAAUUCUGAUGCUUACCGUGCAUUAUUAGAUUUGAAAUAUACAAUGAUGGAUGGCGGUUUUAUGUUGCCUGAAUAUGGAGUCGCUUAUAUAAAACGAGUACGAUUUUUUCAAAAACAAUCUAAUAAAGGACGUCUUACAGAUUUAAUCGUUGCUGCUUGUAAGUGUUACAAUUAUUGAUAUAGUUUAUUCUAAAUUUAUUUUCGUGUGAAGAAACUGAUUCAAGAGGCUUAAAAACAGAAUAUUGUAUUUGAAUAGUUUAAUAAUCAGUAUAUCAAAAAUAGAUCUGACAAGGGAAGUCCUCCAACUGAUAAAUUGCUUUUAAAUCGAAACGAUGUGUAUUAUCUAGAUCAAAUUGAGCUAUGAAUAUUCUGAAAAGGAUUCAGGUCCUUAGCUUAUUUUUGUGGAGAUACCGCACUGUUACGGUAUUUUUUUACAUGAAUUUUAUAAUCGUUCUCAGAAAUACCAAAAAAAGUUGGUUUCCAAAUUUUGACUUGAUGCAGACAGAUUUUAAUCAGACUAAUUUCAGGUCUUUUGAUUUGCUUCUAUCCUGAAAUAAGAACAUCAUAUUUGCUGAUAUAUAUAUAUAGGAGUAGUCGUGUGAAAGACAAGCUUUUAACAUAGCUGUAUCUUAGAAUAAGAACAACGAAAAUAUCUGAAAUAUUCAUUAAAAGUUACCCUCGUGAAGAUCUAUAUCUCUAUGUAAAGUUUGCAGUCGAAAUUUGAAAAUCAACUUUUUCAAUGUUGCUGACAAGAACCAUAGCAUUCAUUAAAAAAAUAUCGCAAAAAUGCAGUAUAUCCGCAACAGUAAGCUAAGGGUUCGAACUCUUUUCAACGUAUUAAUAACUCAUUUAGGUCUACAUAAGGUAUAUAGUCUCGACUAGAAAGCUAUUUACCAUUUGAAGGACUUCUCUCGUAAGAUUUACAGCAAGUACUAGAUACUACAAACGUUCGAAUGAAUAUUGGAAUAAUAUCUUUAGUGGAUGAUGUAAAAAUUAAAUCUAUAAUAGAUCAUUUGACCAAUCAGUGUCGCUCGCUUCAAUCAAGGAACGAUUUUGUGAUAAUCUGCUAAAAAUCAUUAUAGGAAUUGAUGAAUCCGUGCCAGUUUCAGAUCUUUUGUUUGAGAUUUCGAGAUCUGUUGAUAUCAUUUCGAAUAUAUUUGCACAUCAUCAAUUUAUAUCGUAGAAAAUAAUGACGAAUAGAGUGAAGAAAAAUAGUGAGGAAAUAUUAAAGUUUCUAAAAACAAAAGUUGAAUUCUGAAUUGAAAUAUUUACGAAGCCUACAAACGUUUUCUAUAGGUAUAUUUGAAGAAAUCUUGCUAAAAUUUUUCUUAAAUUAUAAACCAUUCGCAAUUUCAUCUGAAACUUGAAGUUUGCUGAGAGAAUGUGAAAGAUUUUCAUACAAAAUACUCUUUCAGUGUGCCGAGGCGAAAGUGCAGGAGCCAAUUCCAGCUGAAACACUUGCAAAAAUGGUCAGAGCUUGGAAUACCAUAUCCUCAUUCAAUGACCGGCCAUUUCUACGUCCUAGCAGAACCGAUCAGAAAAAAAUGUAAACAACCGAUGAUAUGGAUGUUGUAUCCCAGCUUCUUAAUCUAACUAUCUAUCAAGAUCUUCUGCCGAAAAGUCACUAGAACCAGGCGCUGAUAUCAUUGAACUUGGAUGAUAGCGGAGAACCCUUAUGGUUUUUGUGAUUGUGUGUGGUGUGGAGUGUGGGAAAUCUCUUCAACGACACCUGUAUC